AUCUUUGAAGGUAACCCGGAAGUAGUUCUCUGAGCUGUUGUUGUGGGUUAGCAGAGACCUGAUCAGAGGGAGGGAGCUGGUUUUAGGAUUGUGAUUAGCUGUUCAUCAGGUCAGUGAUCCCGGGAGUCUCUCCUACAGUCCGUGUCAUCGUUCUGUUGAAAGUUCCGGUUCGGGUUCGACUUGUCUGCCCGUGACGUCACUGCGACAGACAGCUGGAGGAUGUCAGACGGACAGGUGGAGGAGCAGACGGUGUCUCUGGUGGAUGUCCUGCAGGAGGAUGAAGAGUUGGAGGAAGAAGCCUCAGCUGUGUUGGCGGGAAGCGACUCUGAUCACUGUUCGUAUCCUCAGGGCUAUGUGAAGCGUCAGGCCCUGUACGCCUGUCACACCUGUACUCCAAAGGGAGGCGAGGCGGCAGGUGUGUGUUUGGCCUGUUCAUAUAAAUGUCACGAAGGUCACCACCUCUACGAACUCUACACGAAGAGGAGCUUCCGCUGUGACUGUGGAAACAGGAAGUUCUCAGAGCUGCAGUGUAAACUCUUUCCUGAGAAGGAAGACGUUAACCUACAGAACAACUACAGUCAAAACUUCUUUGGGGUUUACUGCACCUGCAGUCGGCCUUACCCUGAUCCAGAUGACCAGGUGGAGGAUGAGAUGAUCCAGUGCGUGGUGUGUGAGGACUGGCUGCACGGCAGGCACCUGGGCUCUGAGGUCCCAGACUGUGUGGAGCUGCAGGAGAUGAUCUGUGAGGCCUGCAUGAACAAAAACACCUUCCUCUGGACCUACGCCGCUCACCUGGCAGUUCCAGGUACAGGAGUACAGGUGAAAGAGAAAACGGAAGCAGACGAGUCAAACACCACCAAAGAAGAAAAGGAUGAUGAUGUCAUCGAGCCCAGCUGUAAACGUAGCCGCGAGGAGGCGGAGCCAAGCUGCAGACUGAAGGAGCUGCAGGCUUCAGACCAGAAGAGAGUCCAGUCCGGAGCCGUGUUCUGGCCCUCCGGCUGGCGCUCAAAUCUCUGCUCGUGCAGCGCCUGCAAGGAGCGUCUGAGUGAAGGAGGCGUGUCUUUCCUGACCGACGAAUCGGACACUGUGCUCGCCUACGAGAACAAAGGGAAGACCAACGAACAGACGGCGACAGGAAACGACCCUCUGAUGUCGGCGCUCGACAACCUGAACCGGGUUCAACAGCUGGAAAUCAUCCACGGAUACAACGACAUGAAAACUGAACUGAAGGAUUUCCUGCAGAGAUUUGCAGCAGAAGGAAAGGUUGUAACGCCCGAUGACAUCCGUCAGUUCUUCGAGCAGCAGCAGAGCCGUAAGAGACAGCGAGCGGACGCCGGCAACUUCUUCUCCACCUGAUGAACUUUGACCUCUCCGCCUCGUUUUUAAAUUUCUUCUCUCUCACCUUUGAACUCUUGGACUCCUGUUUUGAUGUCUGUGUGUAAAGGUCAGAGGUCACCAUCAUAUUCUGUCUUUGUGAUGUCUUUGUUUUUUAUAAAAAACUAAUAAAACUGAUCUCAAGAA